GUCGCCUCCUCUGCCUUCCCCUUGAGUUUGUGGCUCGCUGGCGGCUCCCCGUGAUCAAGAUGCCAGUCAAACGCUACCGCAGGGACCAGAGCGAAGUGUCCUGCUGCCUCAAAUACGUCAUCUUCGGCUUCAACGUCAUCUUUUGGCAACCCCGCCGCCACGAUGUUGCGAUGAUUUGAAUAUGAAUAUCUCCAGUUUUCCGGUAGCCACCGGACAGAGAAGAGUUGAUGGGGCUGAGCAUCUUGGCCAUCGGUGUUUGGGCCUGGACCGAGAAGGACACAUUCAACAACCUGAGCCGCCUCACCAACAUCGCCCUUGACCCGGCAUUUGUCCUCAUUGUCACAGGCCUGAUCACCUUCACCAUCGGCUUCACUGGCUGCGUGGGAGCCCUGAGGGAGAACACCUGCCUGCUUGCCUGUUAUGCCAUCUUCCUUGCCAUCCUUCUGCUGCUGGAGAUGACAGCCGGCAUCCUUGGCUUCAUCUUCAAGGACUGGAUCAAGUCACAGGCCACCAGUGGGUUCCAGGCUUUCAUAGUGCACUACCGGGACGACCCAGACCAACAAAACCUCAUUGACUGGAUACAGGAGAAAUGGCUGGAGUGCUGUGGAAUUGAGGGCCCCAAGGACUGGGACCGCAAUGUGUAUUUCAACUGCUCAUCAGAGGUAGUGGGGUCCCGGGAGGCCUGUGGAGUCCCGUUCUCAUGCUGCAAACAGAAAGCAAAUGAAAUCAUCAAGAACAAACAGUGUGGUUAUGACGUCAGAAAAACCGACUAUCAUGGUGACAGCUCGCUGGUUAUAUACGACCGAGGGUGUCUUCGGGCAGGGGAAGACUGGAUAGAAAGAAACCUGGUGCCUGUUGCAGGAGUGGCAGUGGGGGUGGCUGUGCUGCAGCGGCUGGAUUCAUCACAUAUUUACGAUAAAGGCUGCUUACAAGCGGGCGAAGAGUGGCUAGAGCGAAACCUACUCUUUGUGGCAGGGGUGGCCGUGGGCGUUGCCUUCCUCCAGAUCCUGGGCAUCUGCUUUGCUCAGAACCUGCGCGCCGACAUCUACGCUCAGAAGGCCAAGUGGAACUGACGUUUAGCUCCUGCUGCGGUGUAGUGAUCAGCCGGCCCACACCCCAGGGGGCACCAGCACCGCCAUGCGCACCCUCCACUGUACCUCACCAAUCAAAGCUAAGAGUUGUCAAAGAGUAAAGUAGGACUAUGCUGUGAGACUACUUUGUUGAGUUUUCUUUAGUUUUUUGUCUUAAGCAGAAUCUCAGUCAGGUUGUCAUUAGAUUGAUUCACUGUUUUUAAUGCACGGUAAAGCCUUGUUCUAAUGGAUUCAGGGGACUGAUGUUCAGUAGGCAUUGGAGAAGACCACACUCAGCCAGACAACGUGAGAGUGAAUGAGUGCAGUGCUUCUGUAUCUUGAAUGAAAGUGUCCUGUAAAAACAUGCCAUAGGGUCACACGAGAGAUUGCAAGGCAUUUUGUUUCUGUACCGAUAUGUGUGUAAUUUAAUAUAGGUAGUCUGGUGUGAGUGGUCCGUCUCUUCAAGGUUUUAUUGCUUGUGUAUAUGAUUUAUUAGUGUGUUAUAGUUGUUGAUGCCUCGUCAGCUUACUGUACAUCAAGGUGUUGAAUCCUUGAUGCAGUCAGCUCAUUUAAGUUUGAUGAACUGUAAUUGUGUUAUGGCAGCUUUUCAGCAUGCCAGUUUCUUAUUGAAAUGCUCACUAUCAUGUCAGUUUAUCCUAAUUUGACCUGACAUGAUGAUCAGUCAUGUACAAAUACUUUCUGCAUUAGAUAGAUAUCUGAUUCAGUAGUUAUGACAUUAAUUAGUGUUUAUGUUGUUGUAGCUCUCUGUUUACCAUGGACAUUAUUUUAAUUUUUGUUGAUUCGUUAGGGUUAUGUCUCACUGUGGACAGCAUCAGUCAGGCAUUUUCUUGUCUAUUUGUCCAGUCUCAUCAGCUUGACCUAUCUUUGACUCUAUGACUGUGGAAUCCAAAUAUUUGAAUGGCAUUAUUAAUAAUCUGAUUUGGUGAGAACCUUGGAGGAGGUGAACCCCUGGAGUGUGUUGAGUCUCUGCCUCCUCCUCCCCUUCCCUCUAGUAGCCAGCGUAAAGGGUGAGGGAUGGAGAGGAAGGCAGGGCUCAAGAGAUGCAAUAGAGCUAGUUUGAUAAAACUUUCAAAAGCCACAAUAACUAGGAAAAUGUGGCUCUUAGAAAACACAUACUAAUGCUCAUUGCCGCUGAUCUCAUAGCCUGACAACAGGAGCUAUAUACCGCAGCAGGAACUGAUAUUACCUUUGAUGUAUUGACUUGCCAGUAUUUUUGUCAAUCUUUGUGUAACAAAUGACAGGCAUAUCUGAAUAUCCACCUUCAAUGUGAUGUCACGGCAAGGAUAACCUUCUGGAGUGCAGCCGUUUAUGAUCUAGGAAAAAACUGGAAAUGCGCUUCUGAAGUAGUCAUUUGCAAGUAGAGGAAGGAACUUGAACGAUAUUUCACUCAUUAUGAGGCUAUAUUGAACUUGUGUAGGAUUCAGGAAGGUUUAAAGCUGGUAAAGUUUUUGGUUUAAGUGUAUGAGGAGAAUCACAGUAAUUCACCAGGUAUUGCUAGUGCAAAUAAAAGAUAGACAAAGACUGAUCAAGUUCCAGAAUUUUGAGAUCAUAUAGUCUCAUGAUCUCAGGUGUUAACGCAUAAAGUGAUGGUCAUUUAAAGAAUACUGCUGUGACAGCCAUUUUCUUGACAUGACAAAGUUCAUUAAAUAAGUUUUAUAUAAGACUCAAAUGUUGGUAAUGUGUGUGACAAAUGUAGGCCUUUUGUAUAUUUAUGGUUUGUAGUGAGUUAUGUGGAACUGUGUGUUGCAUUGUAUGUUUUGUAUCAUGAACUUGUGUAUCUUCUUACAAGCUGGUGCAGCUGUUACCAUUGUCCAGUAAACCAGUCUUUCAUGUUUAUUGGUAGAAGGGAGCCCAGGUGUUUUGAGGCCAAAAACAUGAACUUGGGUAAGGGUUCUUGAGUUGCCAUAUUUGCUCCUACUACAAUUUCACCUUACCAUUGUAUUGCCAAGUGUGGAUUCUUUUGAAUUCCAAAAACCUGCUUUGAAAAUAUUCACGACUGGAUUGGCAGGUGUUGUUUGUGUUGUGUAAACUACAUUCCACACAUGAAGUGGUUGUGUUAGCUUGCUGCCGUGUAGGAUAGUACCCCUGCUGAGAAGCCAUUAUCUUGCCAGCCAGGAGACAUGGAUGGGAGGAGAGCCUGCACUUCUUCAUGCUGGUAAUAGUCGAUAGUUUUGCUGCUAGUCCCCAGCCAUGGUUUUAUUUGGCUUGCAUGUAACAAAAUUCUUGGAAAGGGUUUAAGUUUUAUGACUGGUAAUACUUGAAAAAUUAUAAAUAGAUUAGUACUCUGGCUUUUGGUGUUGAUUUACAAGAUUUGCAGUCUAUUAUUAAUGCAAUACCAAAAAUCUGUUUAAUAUAUUUAGUUGUAGUAGGUGUUGUAGCCCUUAGUUUCUCAUUGUAGAUAUGAAGUGUUUUGUAUAUUAGUAGUUGUACUAAGGGCAGACAUCCUACAAUGAGAGCUUUAUAUUGAAGUUUUUAUACCGGGGAGAGGGAUCUGUCUCUCCAUUGUCAUUACUCUUACUAUAGCUUUGUAUCACGAUAAUGUGUUAGGGAAACGUACUCAAGUUUUCAUAUAGUUAUAAUAUAUACAUUCGUCUGUAUAUUGUAGCAGUAAAUGAUGUUUUUAGUAGCCUUGAGAAGAGGGGCACAUCCAGAGGUGAGCCCCAAGUAGGACACCCACCACUACCACCCCUGGGAGGGAGGACCACCUGCCUCACAGACCUUGUAGCUCCUUCACUCUCCAGUCACCUUCAUCCCAUACCUGAACUGUAAGCCGGGAAUCUCAAACUCUAUCACAAUAAUGCAGUAGCCUUCAUGCAUCCGUGUAUAUGUUUAUUUUCAUUGACCUGCCAUGUUCCAAAUUGUGGAUUUUAAGUUUUAUACAAGCAUCUCAUAAUAGGAUUGUUUUGAGAUUUAAAACUGGGAAGCAACUUUCCAGACACUAGUAGGACUGAUGGUGCUAUAGGGAAGGGUGCAGGUGAUUUCAGUAAUAGAGUAAUCCCAAAGGUAUUGGCACAUUAGAGAAGUUGAGUACCACUACAAUAGCCCACCCAGAAUGUCAAGACACAAAGACGGAGGUCAAAGUUUUUCACCCUUCAUUUCAUUACUUUGUGAUAAUCACAUUUAAUUUUUAUUUGGAUGUGUAUUACUUGUACAAUUAAGAGCUAAGUUGUUGCUCGUGCACAAAAUCACGUUAACCAAGGGGUUUUGAAAACAAAUGGGAUGACUGAAACCUUAUUUGAAGUUUAUCAUGUGGAUCUUUUGAAUCAUAACCUUAGGGCAUGAUAGUUCUUAAAACAUAUUUGCAUUUGUGCAUGCUUCACACACACACACACACACACACACACACACACACACACACACACACACACACACUCUACUGCUACUACUACUACUACUACUACUACUACUAUUUCAACUAUUCAAUACAAUAGUAGUUUAUUUUAAAACCAGCAGUAAAUGUCAUCUAUUCAAUAAUUUGCCAUGAAGUUGGCAUUUUCUACUGCCGGACCACCAAAUGCAUAUCUUUACCUGUAACCUGAAUAACUGACAUUAUUUCUUGUAGGUGAAUCACGGUUAAUGUCUAGUAAAAGUGUAGUAAUCAAUAGGAAUUUUCAUAUAACUGUUUUGAUCACGUGGUCAAGUGUGGAAAAUACACAGCCAAGAGCACCAUAGGUAGAGGGGGCUGAGUGGCUCUGUGAUGGCAGUGCUUGGCUUGUGUUACGAGGGUCACUGGUCCAUACUUGUCACAGUAGUUUCAUGACAAGAAAUAAUAUUCUCUUGUAACCCUACCUUGGCUAGGCAGUCUUAGUUGCCUAGCCUUUGAAAUUUUUAAUCUCCUCAGCCGAGGCAAUUUUUGUAACCCCAUUAACUAGAACCCAGUGAUUGUAGCGUCAAAGAAUGCAGUUAAAGCAGAUGCCCUGUUUUCAGAGCUUGGAGUUGUUACACAAUUGUGUGUUUUUAACAGAUGAAUGCCUGUAAUCCUUCCAGAAUUAUCAAAUAACCAUUGCUUAAAAUUAGAUUCACAGAAUUGCCAAGUGGAAUGCAAUUCAACACAAGUGGAGACAUUUUCUUUGUUAAUCCAUGACAUCCUUGUUUGUGUUCAUUAGUUCAUGCCGUUAACCAUACUUAAUGAGUCACUGGAUUGGGUUAUUUACAUUUCCAAAUUCUGUUACAUGUGAUGUUUACAUGCAAACUCAAAUGGCAGAUAACUAACAGGUUACAUAAGGUCAGACAAAUUUUUUUAAACCAACCUUGGGAGUCAUUCUGUGAUGGCAGAUGGGGCAGUUUGCACAAUGGUGAGUGAGGGAGAAGGUAGCCAUUUUAUUUUCCCUUAUUGGUGUCCGCUUGCUAUACUGAAGUGUAAUCUCGCUUCUCCCCCGAACUUUAACAAAUAAAUGAUUAUACAUCUUUGUA